AUGGCACCAGCGGAGUUGGCUGAGCUAAAGAAGCAAUUGGAAGAUCUAUUGGAAAAGGGAUUCAUCCGGUCGAGCUUUUCACUUUGGGGAGCUCCUGUGCUAUUUCUGAAGAAGGAUGGAAGCAAGAGGCUGUGCAUCGAUUAUUGUGGUAUCAACAACAUCACAAUAAAAGAUAAGUAUCCUCUUCCGAGGAUAGACGAGUUGUUAGACCAACUAAAGGGAGCUAGUUGGUUUUCGAAGAUUGAUUUGGCAUCAGGGUAUCACCAAAUUCCUAUUGCCAAGUCAGACAUCAUGAAGACGGCGUUUCGGACGAGGUAUGGGCAGUACGAGUUUGUAGUUAUGCCCUUUGGUCUCACAAACGCACCUGCGGCUUUCAUGCGUUUGAUGAAUGAAGUGUUUCACGACUACCUUGACAAGUUCGUGAUCAUUUUCAUCGAUGAGAUCCUGGUGUACUCGAGAAGUAAGGAGGAGCAUAGUGAGCAUCUGAGACUGGUUAUGGAGAGGUUACGAAAUCAGAAGCUAUUUGCCAAGUUCAGCAAAUGCUCAUUUUGGAAGAGAGAGAUAAGAUUUCUUGGUCAUAUUGUAUCAGAAGAAGGCGUGGCUGCUGAUCCAGAAAAGAUCCAAGCCAUACCGGAAUCAAAGUCUUAA